AUGACCCGAGGGGAGGUGAUGGGGCAGCAAACCCUCAUCCCAGCCCCUCUGCCCUUGCCCGGGCCCUGUUUGCAGGGACUAACCUGCCCCAUCUGCCCCCUCCCCAGCGUGUCCCUGCCCCACCACAGAGACAUCAUUCGCAACUGUGCCGUCAGCGUGGACCAGAUCCAAGACCUGCACUCCCCGAUGUCCCCCAUCUCCGAGAACCCAGCGUCACCCGCCUACAGCACGGUUACACGGCUAAAGCCGCAUGCCUGCCAAGCAGCCGGGAUUGCCCCGGCCUCUCCAGUCAUAAGAAGGUCCAGCGAGCCCCAGCUGUGCCCGGGGAGCAACAGCAAACCUCUGCCAGACCCUGCCCACAGCACCCACUCGACUCCCUGCCACGGGUAUGCCCGUGCCUCCCCCUCUCCCUCCGUGAACAGCUACAGCGACCCGGACACGGGGCAUUACUGCCAGCUCCACCCCACCUCGCCCAUCAGCAGAGACCGGCCAGCUCAUGACACCAAGGCUGCCAACAAAGAGCUACGUAGAGAGGCUAAAGGUGGAGGAAGGACAGAGAGGGACUGUGGAGAACGGCUCUGGGGAACAGAGGCAGGGCAGAGGGUGAAAGGAGAGCUGGACUUCAUGGGCUUUGUGCCCCCCACCAUGGAGACAACCUCCUCCUUCAACCCUGCGGCCUUCCAGUCCCUGCUCAUCCCCCUGGAGAACAAACCCCUAGAGAUGGCUGUGCUCAAGAAGGUCAAAGAGCUGCUGGCAGAGGUGGACGUGAAGACGCUGGCCAAACACAUCACCAAAGUGGACUGCCUGGUCGCCCGGAUAUUGGGUGUGACGGUGGAGAUGCAGCGGCUCAUGGGGGUGAGCUCCGGCAUGGAGCUGCUCACCCUGCCCCACGGCCACCAGCUCCGCCUUGACCUGCUGGAACGGUUCCACACCAUGUCUAUCAUGAUCGCCGUGGACAUCCUGGGCUGCACGGGCAGCACGGAGGAGCGGGCAGCCCUGCUCCACAAAACCAUCCAGCUGGCCGCCGAGCUGAAGAGCACCAUGGGGAACAUGUUCAGUUUUGCGGCUGUGAUGAACGCCCUGGAAAUGACACAGAUCGCCCGGCUGGAGCAGACCUGGAUGGUGCUGCGGCAGCGGCACACGGAGGGCGCGAUCCUCUAUGAGAAGAAGCUCAAACCGUUCCUGAAGAGCCUGAACGAAGGGAAAGAAGGGCCGCCGCUGACCAACACCACCUUUCCCCACAUCGUGCCCCUUGUGACGCUCCUGGAGCGGGAUGAGGCUCUCACGGACAGCCCCGAGCCCUGGGAGACCACCGACAACGGCGUGGAGGUGGUGAUGGCCCACCUGGAGGCGGCGCGCAUGGUGGCCCACCACGGCGGGCUCUACCACACCAACGCUGAGGUGAAGCUGCAGGGUUUCCAGGGCAGAGCAGAGCUGCUGGAGGUCUUCAGCACCGAGUUCCAGCUGCGGCUGCUCUGGGGCAGCCGCGGGGCCGAGAGCAGCCAGGCCGAGCGCUACGAGAAGUUCGACAAGGUCCUCACCGCCCUGUCCCACAAGCUGGAGCCGGCGGUGCGCUUCAGCGAGCUGUAACCCCGCCGGGCGCUGGGAGACCCCCCAGCUCGCCCCCCCAGCGGCUGUGGGGUAAGGGAUGGGGCCAGGCACCCAGCACCAGGAGGAGGACAGAUGGCCCAGAAAGGCGCUGGGGCACAGAUCAGCGAUUUUGAGACAAAGAGGAGGAAAAGCAGCCACCUCCCAUCUACCAUUGCCCCUCCUCGGGACAUGACAGGCCAGGGGGUCCGCACCGCUGCCCCGAGAGCAGCGUGUCUGGGCAGGCCAGCACCGGUGUCCACCAUCCAGCCCCACUGAGGUCCAUGGCUACACAGUGCCCCUCACCUCACCCUUCGGUUUCGUUUCUUUUCCAUCUCCGUCUUGCCCACGGCUGUGGGAUCCCGCUUGUAAAUACAUUUUCACCAUCACUUCUCGAUGUACAGACUUGUGAAGGACGGUUCUUGUUGUAAAUAAUUAGGCUCAUUCGUUUUGUCUUGUAAAUACGUGUACAGAUCUCAUGGGUUUGGUUCGUACAUACAAUAAACUUUUAUGCUGUUCCUCAAGGG